AUGUGGAUGUCUGGCAUCUUUCGAGUCAACCUGCUGGCGAUCGUGAUCCACACUGCGAGCGGCAGGCUCGGCUCACAAGAUGUCAAGUUUGGUGGACUGGUGCUGAGCCCCACGCAGCCACUCUUUGCCAACAGCUCGGUGCGCGUCACAAGCGGAGCUUGCGGUCCAGGUACCGUUCCGGGCUCCGUGUAUCCAGUCGCAGAAGGGCGGGAAAUCCACAAGGCCACUUCGAAAGACUGGCGCUGGUCCGACAUUGGGCUGCAGCACUGUGCGGGCGGAGUCGAGACUUGCGCGUAUCGCUCCGACUACGGCCCAGGUGCUUACUGGUGUCCCCUCCCACCUGGAGGAUCAGCUGCCGACAAGCUGCUUUGCCGUUGUGAGCAAUGCCCAUGUCAACAGGGCAUGGGUGGCUUCAUGUGCAGCAAUUGCCUUGAAGACUCUGCAUGUGGCACUGGACGUUGCUCAACGUCGCGGGUUGUGACUGGGGCGCAGGACAAGACUUUCACCUGCAACUUCUCGGACUCUUUUAGGAGUGCAAGCCUGGAUUUCAUUAGCAACAUGUGUAGCGAGCAUCAGCCGAUCUUUGGAUGCACGCCUCUUUCCAGCCCUUGUGUGAAGUGCGCAGAAUGCCACUGUGACUUCCCAGAGGACUCUUAUUUGACAGACACGACAAGGACCGUGAUCAGUCAGAUUGCCGCCGGUUUGGUCUUCAGUUGCGAAGAUGGUUCGGCACCUGUGGUUGGUCGCGCCACCGAGAGACUGGCGACUCCGAUCGGUUCCCCUCGUGUCCCUUCGACUGUCGGUUCUUCACUAGUGACGCCCGUCGCACGGGAUGCCGUGGAGCCCGAUGAUAGAGGCCAAGCAUUAAUGAUUAACGAUGGCGAUGAGAACAUCAAGACAAGGCGGACACGUGACGAAUGCUCCAAUGGUGCCGUGAACCAGCACCGCUUCCUCGAUGCUGCCAAGGCUGGCAACUUCUCGCAAGUGCGGAACAUGCUCACCGAAUCCCCCGAGCUGAUCAACUGCCAGCCUGGUGGUAGAUGGUCGGCAUUGCACCACGCCGCCUACAAGGUGAGUUGUGCCACGGAGGAAGUUCUUACUUCUCUUGCCCUGUGGAGAUUUUCACCUGAUGCCAUUCCCAGAGGUCUCUGUGAGGGCAGUGAUGAUCUUCAGUGCCACAUCUGUCUUGAUGACUUCGCAGUUGGAGACGAACUCCGGUUAAGCUUUGCGCAACGUGCUUUUAUGAUGUUUGGCGUGAAUGCCAUUCCUUUCACGCUCGCUGCGUCGACGAGUGGCUGCAAGAGAAGAGCCGAUGCUGUAACUUGUCGAAAGACGCAGAAUACAGCACAAGUGCAGGUCCUUGCGGCGGAGCCUGAGCCUCGCAGUAUGCUGUUCAUGUAUGUUCAUUUGGAGACUUGUUGUUUGCGUUAUGCCAGGGUGUUUGACAGAACGAGUUCAGGGACUCUGGAAGCUCUGCGUGUGGUAACCACCGAGCUGUGCGAGCAAUCGCCUGCUCGCUUAAGGUCCGACGUGUCGGAGAGACAUCACAGACUGCGCCGAGAUUGCUGGAAGUCAAGACCAGUGAGGCGAUCGGAGGGGUCUUCAGGGUUGCACUAUGAUGUUGACAUUGGCAUCGUUGUGCACGCGCAUGUGCGCACGAUGCUCGAGGACGGGCGAUCACUCGCGGGCUCGCGGAAUCGCACACGCGCGCCCCCUUUUCUGGCCAUGUUCCUGCCCUUACCCGACACUCGGGCGCAGAGGCGGACAACGACAGAGCCGCAGAGGCAGAGACAGAGAGAGAGCGAAAUUUUGGCUCAAGCCACGAGUGCUCAAGGCCGUGCCGCUCCAAGCACUGCCCGGGGUUCUCUCUUCUUUCCUUUGCUACUUAGGGGCGGCAGGUCUCAAACCCGGGCGCUCCUCUUCUCCUGCCUGAGCCGCCUCAGCCAUCAGCGACCGGGAGGACAUAGUGGCCAGAGUGCGCUGUUCUUCGAGGGGGUGCGGGACGGGGACAUAGUCGGGACUGUUCCACGACGGGGUCGGCGGCCUACUUGCAGCUGCUUCGGGAGCCUGACACCCGCUACUGCAACAAUUUCGGCGGCCCUACAGGACCUCGCCGGCCUCCCGUCGAUCCGGGACACCAUCCACCUCGAACGGGGACACCAACACCUACCUGAUCGUGAUAGUGGCACGCAGGGCGACCUAGCAUUCCUUGCCUACGUGUGGGGGUCAUGA